AUGACCCAUCUCUUAAUUGGCUCCGGUUUGGUUAAUCCUUCAAAGCCCAUUUUAAAUUCACUGCUUCAAAACAACCCACCUGCUCAAAUUGUUCAAUCUCUGUUCAAAUCAGUUGAAAAAGAUGCAGUCUUUUCUAGUUCAAAAUCUUUAGUGGUAUUAGAUUCUGUUCUUCGUUGGUAUUGUGAAAAGAGGCUGUGUUUCCAAGCUCUGGAGGCUUUUAAUCUAGCCAGACAUCUUGUCAAGACUGAAUAUUCAGAUGGUAAUGAACUGUUUUCGAUUGGACUUUAUAAUACAGUGCUUAAUGCGUUACAGGAAAACAAUGAGGUUAAGCUGGGUUUGUGUUUCUAUGCUGUCAUGAUUCGACAUGGGGUUUUGAUUGAUCGGUUUACAUGGCGUAUAGUUGCAAAGAUUUUCAGCAAAGAGGGAAAAGUUGAUGCGAUACUUAGAAUUAUCGAUAUGGGUAUGGAUGAUCCGUUGAUAUAUGAUUCAUUGAUUGAAUGUUGCAGUGAAAUAGGAAUGUUCAAAGUUGCAUUACACAUGCUCGAUGAAAUGUCCAAGAGAAAACUCAAUCCGGGAUUCAGUACUUGUGUUUCGAUUCUAAAUGGUGCUUGUAGAUAUAAGAAUGAUGAAGUGAUCAAAUUUGCAAUGGAAUCAAUGGCAGAAAAAGGGUACGUUUCAAAACCUUUAAGGGAACAUAAUUCACUCAUUCGAAAGCUUUGUGAAAUGAAAAAGGCUUAUGCGGCUGAUAUGUUGUUCAAGAAAGCCUGUGUUAUGCAAAUCUCAUUAAAAACCGAGACUUAUGGCUUCAUGCUACGAGCCUUAUCUAUGGAGGGUCGAGUAAAGAAAUCAAUAGAAACUUAUCAGAUAAUUGAACAUAAAGGAGUUCAAAUGAACCCCAUCUUUUAUCUCGACUUUAUUAACAUUCUCUGCAACGAAGAUCCAUCAAAAGAUCUUAAUUCAUUACUGAUAGAUAUGAUCUCAAGAGGAUUUAAACCGUCCCCAUCGGCAUUAUCGAAAUACAUAACCUCUCAAUGCAAGAAACACAGAUGGAAAGAAGCAGAAGAGCUUGCGGAUUUGGCUCUUCAAAAAUCGAUCUUGCUUGAAGCUUCUUGUUGUGGUUCUUUAGUUAAGCAUUACUGUAAGAGGGCACGGAUCGAUUUAGCCAUCAAUCUGCAUGAUCAAAUAGCGAAAAAGGAGUUAACUUUGGAUUCAAGAACUUACAAUGCUCUUUUAAGUGGACUUCUGGAGGUGCCAAGAGUUGAAGAAGCAGAACGAAUCUUUGAUUACAUGAGAAUCAAGAACCUGCUUUCAAGCGAAAGUUAUGUAAUCAUGAUUAAUGGAUUUUCUCGUGAAAACGAGCUGAAAAAAGCCAUGAAAUUGCAUGACGAAAUGCUGGAAUUGGGACUUAAACCUAUCGCAAAAACGUAUAAACGAUUGAUUAGUAAUUUUGGGUAG